AUGAGCGAAGAACUAACCUAUAAGAUUUGUGUUGUUGGUCCAGAGAAAUCAGGAAAGAGUUGUUUAAUUAAUCGUAUUGCAUUAAAUGUAUUUAAAGAACAGCCAACCAAUGAGCCUCUUAUUAAAAGAGUUAUCAGAGUUGCAGGAAAUCUUAUUUGUUUAGACCUUUAUGAAUUAAUAAAUUUAAAAGAAAAAGAACGUACAAAAUAUUAUCAAGGAGUUGAUUGUAUUUUAUUUGUUGUUUCGAUGGAAGACAUAGAAUCAUUAUGCCUAAUUCCAAAUUUAGUUGAUGAAGCUGAAAAAAUAGGUUCUAUUCCAUCUUCAUCAAUGUUAGUUGCAACUAAAAAUGAUGGAGACAUAGAGAUAGAAGAGUCUGAAAUUUAUAAAAUGGCACAGAAUCUUCAGUUAAAAUGUCUUUUUGUUUCAAGUAGAACUGGAUAUGGGUUUGAUAAUUUGUUAUUUGAAAUACAAAAUGAUAUAUUCUCUAUUAUGGAGAAGAAUGCACUUAAACACUCUCACGAUAAAUCAUCAAAGAAAUUAGUUUGUUUUUGUUGA